AUGGAGCUGCAGAGCCGGCCCGAGGCGCUCGCCGUGGAAGUUGCGCGCCACCAGAACGGCGACCUCAAGAAGCAGCUCCACGAAAGGCAGCCGCGGAUCGCCGCGCUCAGCGACAAACAAGCUUUGGGAACCAUCACUCCAGUGCCUGUCACGGGUCCUCAGGUCAGCUCCUUGCAGAGGUUGGCCGGACAAGGGGCUGCCGUGCUACCUCAGGUUAGGCCAAAGACUCUGAUUCCAGACAGCCUCCCCGUCACCCCAGGCCGGGACCGGCCACCCAAGCAACCCCCCACGUUCCAGAAGGCCACCGUGGUCAGUAUCAAGAACCCCAGCCCAGCCCUCCCCACCGCCAACAACACCGUGAGCCAUGAGCCGACGCCCAGCAGCCAGCCCCAGGCCCCCGCCGCAUCCUCGGCCGUCGCCUCCCCCCUGAGCGGCGCCGGGGUGGCCUACGCCAUCAUCUCCACCGCCCCCAGCAGUGCCGCCGUGUCUGUGGUCAGCGACAGCAUCAAGGUCCAGCCCGUCCUCAUCAGCGCCGACAAGAAGGUCAUCAUCAUCCAACCUCAAGUGCAGACGCAGCCCGAGAGCACGGCGGAGUCGCGGCCGCCCACGGAGGAGCCAUCUCAGGGAGCUCAGGCCACCAAAAAGAAGAAGGAAGACCGGCCCCCGAGCCAGGAGAACCCCGAGAAAAUCGCCUUCAUGGUGGCUCUAGGCCUGGUCACAACGGAGCACUUGGAAGAAAUCCAGAGCAAGCGCCAAGAGCGGAAGCGGAGAAGCACAGCGAAUCCUGCCUACAGCGGCCUCUUGGAGACCGAGAGGAAACGGCUGGCAUCCAACUAUCUCAACACACCCCUGUUCCUCGCAGCGAGAGCCACUGAGGAUCCCUGCUGGAAGGCCUUAAAGAAAGACGAUGGCGUGCCCUGGUCCGGGAUGCUGGCCAUCGUGCACUCCUACGUCACCCACAAAACAGUCAAGGAAGAGGAGAAGCAGAAGCUGCUACAGAGAGGCGGCGAGCUGCGGAGCGAGCGCCAGCAGCUGGAGGAGCGGGACGGGCGCCUGGCCGCGGCGGUGAAGAAAUGCCUAGAGCUCAAGACGAGCCUGCUGGCCCGGCAGAGGGGCACGCAGUCCUCCCUGGACCGGCUGCGGGCCCUCCUGAGACUGAUUCGGGGCGAGCCCCUGCUGCAGGUCACCGUGGCGACCACCGGCCCCACCCCGCUGCUGGCCCUGCCCUGGACCAAGCCCCCGGCGGCGGCCACGCGCCCCGCCCUCCAGCAGCCGCAGGGGCACAACUGACCCCCAGGCACCGGCUUCCCACCCACGGAAGGUUCCUGGGACCGCGCUCACCAGACCUGAGGGUUCUGUCCGCCUUAAUUCACAAACAGUAUGAAUUUCAGCCGCAAAUACCAGACCGAGAGAGACGGAGGAAAGAAGGGGAGAAGGAACCGGGAUGGGGGGCUGGAGUCCUACCCUCCACGUUCAGACGGGCCGGGGGCCGGGUGGGCACGGGACGCAGGGCGCACGGUCAGCACCCCCCGACCCCCCACCCCGCUGUUGGGGGGCUGGCCCUGGCCUCUGGCUCCCAGACACAGCUGUCUCCUCGGCCCGUGCUGCCCCCGGGGGACAGAAAGGCAGAGAGAGGUUGGGAGGGAGCCGGGACCCGAAGACCUAGCCGAGUAGUAGCGGUAGUUGGGACGAGCAGUGGGUAGCGAAUCUAGGUAGGACCCCGCGCCCCUCCAGCCGGGGGGGGGGGGGGGGCUCGAGGCCACGGCGCUCCAGCGCUUUUCCGGAUUGAGGCCCCGACAGUCAGUAUUAUUAGCAGGAAGCCUCACGGCUGCUGAACUUGAAAGACACUAGGCUGUGGGUCCCUCCGGGGACGCCGCCCCCACUGCCAGGGACCCCGCGUGCCCCCGCGGCCUCGGAGCACCCGCGCCACUCGCCGCCUCCCCUCCGCCGACCUCUCGGGACUCAUGUUUCAACUUGACGACGGAAGCCUUUUCUUUUCUCCUUUCGAAGAGCCGAUCAAGUAUUCCACUCCUUGUCUCUCGCCAGUACAGACACUAUGCCAAAAAAUAACUUUACACUUUUGUAUGGCGUUUUUAUUGUAAGAUAUUUAAUGUGAAGGGGGGGACGCCUGCGACUUCUUUCCCCGCUUCAGGCAGUC